AUGUCCCGCAGCCGAAUGAAGAGAAUCCAAGUGAUCGUCAUCGUCGCCGCGACAACGAUUUUCAUCGCCUGCGCAUCACUGCUGAUAUUCCUCGCGUGGUUCAUAUCUCAGCCCACUAUAGAGUUCUGCAACACGCCCGAUUGUAUAAGGCACGCCCUCGAGCUCAAGGAGGCAAUGAACACCCGCGUCAAACCAUGCGAAGACUUUUACAAGUUCACUUGCGGUUCCUGGAAGCCGAAGGGCAAAGGGAGGUCUAUGGUAGCGCAAGUCUUCGAACAGUCGACCACAGAUGCCAUCGAAGAGAUGGAGGAGGGUUCCAGAGAUAAGGCCGUGGUGCCCAAGGCACCUGACUACUACAGGAGCUGCAUUCGUCGACGCGACAUGACGCCGGCCGAGGCCGAAGUGUUCAUUGAGUUCAAGAAUCAGCUCGGCUUAUCGUGGCCCGAGAAACGGCAGGUGGGCAUAGACGCUCUGCUGCCGUUGCUGAAUAUGACCAUCACGUGGAAUAUCAACCUCCUUUUCCACCUCAGAGCGCUGCCCGCCUACAAGCGGAGGCCGCAGACGCUGUAUAUCAGGCGAGGUAUAUUGAACACAAACUGGCUAGACCCCAAAUGGACUGCACUAACGUUUGCCGAUUCCGUCAGGAUGCACUGCCGUACACUUGGAGUCGAGGCGCCAUCCUCCUCGAGCAUCCAGGAACUCAGGAACACAGUGGAUGACAUUGUAAAUGCUGCCCUGAAAGUCCCGCCGGACGCCACGAGUGACACGCAGUUCAAGCUCAAGGAUAUCGAGCAUUUGAUGCCCAAACGGGCGGGCGACUGGCUCAGGCACCUAAACAUCCUGCACAGUCCUCAGUUCACGUGGACACUCGACAGCCCCGUGGCACUAGAAGACGACUUGAUACUGCAGAACCUCUAUGCGCUGCAGCAGAAGUACAGGGACAAGAAGCAGACGCUCCUCGAAGGCUUCGCGUUUGUUUUCAUCCGAACGACCCUGUGGCUGUUCGCGGGGAAACCUGAAAUGCGCUACGGGACCGACCCCGAGGCGAACCGCAACUUCUGGAAGCGGGCCUGCCUAUCAUACACGACGGCAAACUUCGGUCUCCUCGUUGCCGUCCAGCACAUCUACUCGCGCUAUACGCCAGCUGUGCGUGCCAAUCUCCAACGCUUUCAUCACAGCAUUCAGGAAGCGCUCAAACAGCAGAUUCAAGAUGCCGCGUGGAUCGACGAAACCGUCAAGAAUAAGGCUAAGGUCAAAAUAGACGAGCUGACGCUUAACGCGAUGCCAGAGGAGAACUUUUUCAACGUCGCCAAUCUAGCUCGGCUGUACCGGGAUUUCCCGACUAUUGGCCUGUCGUUCAUAAGCAACUACAUCGCCGUGGCCGCCGCCUACCGCCUCCUCAUUGGCCACGACAGCUUCAUAAGCGUUUACUCCAAACGGCUCGGUGGUGGCGCGCCCAGCCGAUAUAAUUACUACUACAACAUCGCUUACAUGUCGCUGGGCGCCAUGGAGCCUCCCAUUCUCUCACUGCACGGAACCAUGGCGAUGACGUACGGCACCUUCGGCACCCUCAUCGCGGAGUGCUUGGUCCGCUCUUUCGACAAGCGAGGCGUCCUCGUCAACGACUUGGGAAGGAGAGAGCACUGGUGGGACUCGCCAGCCUACACGGAGCGUGUUAGCUGCGAUUUCUUAUCAGAGCCGAAGACUGGUGGCUCUGGCGCAGGCACCUCCAGUACACCGCCACCCGGAAGCCGCGACCCUCGAGAAGUGCGCUUCUCGGCCCUGUUCCCAUUAGCGCCGGCGCUGACGACGUCGUUCAUCGCGCACCGCGAGGCUAUCGCCUCGGACGGAUACGUCCAACGGCGCCUGCACGGUCUGGACGAUUAUGACGACGACCAGAUCUUUUUCCUCAGCUACUGCCUGACGACUUGCGCCGUCAACAGCACCGGGGAGGCGUGCAAUGUGCCCCUGCGACAAAUGGACAAGUUCGCCAGCGCCUUCAAUUGCGAACUUGACACACCAAUGAACCCGCAGAAAAAGUGCACGUUUUUCUAG